CGGCCGGGCUGCGGCUCCAGCCCGGGCUGCGCGCCCCCGGCGGCCCCCGGCCGCCCCCGCCCGCGCCCGCCUACCUGCUGCUCCCGCGCCUCCCGCCGCCCUCCCGCGUUCGUUCCCGGUGCCCGCGGUCGGAGCCCGGGCCGGGGGCUAAUGGGACCGCCGCGAUGUUCGCUCCCCGGCUCCUGGAUUUCCAGAAGACGAAGUACGCGAGGUUCAUGAACCGCCGGGUCCCUGCCCACAAGAGGUACCAGCCCACGAAGUAUGAACAUGUGGCCAACUGUGCCACGCAUGCUCUCUGGAUCAUUCCCAGCAUCCUUGGCAGCUCCAACCUCUAUUUCCUGUCAGACGACGACUGGGAGGCCAUUUCCGCCUGGAUCUACGGCCUGGGGCUGUGUGGGCUCUUCGUGGUGUCCACUGUGUUCCACACGAUCUCCUGGAAGAAGAGCCACCUCAGGGUGGUGGAGCGCUGCCUGCACAUGUUCGACCGCAUUGUCAUCUACUUCUUCAUCGCGGCCUCCUACGCACCCUGGCUGAACCUUCGGGAACUGGGCCCCUGGGCCUCCCACAUGCGUUGGCUGGUCUGGAUCAUGGCCUCUGUUGGCACCAUCUAUGUCUUCUUCUUCCAUGAGCGGUACAAGCUCGUAGAGCUGCUCUGCUACGCCGUCAUGGGCUUUUUCCCUGCCCUGGUCAUCCUGUCCAUGCCCAACACUGAGGGCAUCUGGGAGCUGAUGACCGGAGGGGUCUUCUACUGCUUGGGCAUGCUGUUCUUCAAGAGUGAUGGGAGGAUCCCCUUUGCCCACGCCAUCUGGCAUCUCUUUGUGGCAUUUGGUGCUGGUACCCACUACUAUGCCAUCUGGAGGUACCUCUAUCUGCCCAGCACCCUGCAGGCCAAAGUGCCCAAAUGAGGUGGCCCAGACUGCACGGGGCAUUUGUGCAUUUGGAGCAGAGCAGCAUGGGAAGUGUGUUUGUGAACAUUAGCCCAGAGCACAGUGCCCAGGCCCAUCUGCCCUCCCAUGGGCAGGGCUUUUGAUGGGUCUGAGGAUACUUCUGGUGACAGCCAGACCGUCCCUUAGGUUCCAGGUGAGAAAGAAAGCAUUAAGUCAUUUUUACAGAGGAGAAAUUAACCCUGUAAUGUGUUUCUAUUUUAGACAAGUGUUUCCUAAUACAGCCAAUAGUAACAUUGUCAGAAAAGGGAACAGACAUUGUUUUGCAAAUUGGGAAAAGAUGGGCCAAUAUGUGCUUUCAAAGUUCCUGGGGAAUCUAGGAAGGAGUCUGGUGGGUUGUUUAUGUGUUUAUGCUCAGCUGGCCAGGGCUUCCUUCUCUGCACCAAAAUCUUGGCUGGGGAAUUGUCCCCUGUUCAGGGAAAGUCACCCAACUGCAGGAGCUGGGCCUGGAUCCCCUCCCCAGAUAGUGUAUAUCUGUGACCAUGGCAGACAUCACUAAUCAAUGGCAGCAUGGUAUGGUAUCAAAAUUCUCGAGAUGGUGUUCUGGGCAGCCUCUGCCAAUUGACUCAGCACUGACGAUGGCACCUGUUGCCUGCCUGGUGUGCUCUGCAGCUGGAUGGUGGCCAGACCAGUAAAAUGUCUCCAGUUUGGGGAGCAUGUUUAUCUCCUGACACUAUGCCUCGACUCCCGCUCCCUGGUCCCAUUUGGGAAAGCUCCUGGAGUGGGAAGUUUGGGGGCAGUAGAGGGAGACUGAGGCUCACACCCUGAGCAACCCCUGACUUCCUGCUCUACUAUCACUGCUUCUUAGUGCAGAGGAGCAAGCAAGCAGGGCUUGGUCAUUUCUUCUCGUGCUGAAAAUUCCAAGGAAAUCAUGAAAGCCAUUCAUUACAGGGGACAAACAGAUCCCGGGGACUUGCUUGCCAGGCUCCAGAUUUGGUGUUCGUGAUGCCGACAUUCAGAUCUUGCUUGGUGCCAGUCAUGGCCCUUAGAGGCUCCUCAGCUGAGCCCCAGAGGGAAGGCCUUGCUGGUGUGAUAGGCAUCUGAGCAGAGUGUCUGGAGUCCCUGGUAGUGCAACGACAAGGCUUCCAGGGACCUGGCCUCACAGCCCACUCCUGGGCCAGCUGCUUCGUACCUGCCACAUGGAUGUUUCCUGGGGAGGGGAUCCAGCCCCAGUUCCAGGAUCUGAAUUGGAAUCUCAGAAUCUCUGUCUCAGGUUAGAUGGGCUUCCUUCUAUGACCACCAACCAGAUUGAAGUGGGCAAAGAUAGAAUGCCUUAUGCUUACUUAGUUCUAGAACAUUCCAGGGUAUUUCAGGGUUCUAGCAUCUGGAAUCUCAUGUGUCCAAGCCAGUAUUAAAUCAUCUGACACAUUCCUCAGAGAGUGGGUUCUGAGCUGGGACAUGCUUUGGGGACGUUUUGCCCUCUUGCAUGUGCAUGUGUGUGUGUGCGUGUGUCUGUCUGCACUCACCCAUGGAAGCUGCCUUUGUUUGGUAUGUCUGCCCUUGCCGAGCUCACCAGGUAUCUCCCAUCCAUUGUGGUCAGGGCUGGAGGUCAGGGGGAGGGGACACUUUGUAGGGGAAGGCAGGCCUGGUUGGAGGCAGGGACACUGUGACAUGGACAUGAGGUAGGGGCUCAUGUGGGUUCUGGGCUGCUGUCUAGGGGACCAUGCCAGGCUGAGAUCAAAGUCCUGUUACAGGGCCAGUGCUGGGCUCCUGGGGCAAUGACCUGGGACUUCUUCAGUGGCCCCACAGCUCCUGCUGACCUCCUCAUCUGAUACUGGCAUCUCCUUAUGCCCCCUCCUGCUGGGUAUGUGAUCUUGUAUUUUCCUCUAGACAGUUUGCCUUGUAAUGAGGUACCAAGCCCUCUGAUGGGCACUCUGUUCACCUCUCAUCCAUCACUCCUAUUUGUCUUUCAAAGCUGUGCUUGGACAUCAGCAUUGAGGACCUUCUGGCCUUCUUCUGACUUAGGAGUCCCCCUCCUGCUUCCCAACACCCCCUGUGCUCACCUGCACCAUAGCUUAGAGACCUGUCCUUUGUUUCCCUGGUAUUUGUAUGUGCCCCCUACCCAGGAGCUCCUGGAGGGAGGGGCUGUGUCUUGCUAGAUUUGGGAUGAAAUCCAGCACCCACCUUUUGUGAGGAUUUGGGCCAAUUCCUGAACCUGUCUGUGCCUCAGUUUCUUCAGCUGUGAGAUGGGUACAGUAUGGCAAGAGUCAGGAUUAUCAAUGUAGAACAGCCAACCCCAUAGCCCAACUAGCUUCCUUAGUUGGCCCACUUGGAAAGCCACCCCUGAUAAUGGAUGUUUCUUCUGGGGUGUUAGGAAACCUGCAAGGUGGAAUUUUCCGACUGUGAACAGGCUGGAGGGUGUUGCGUAGGGCUGUGGCCGUGUUCCUCCCCUCUCUCCAAUUCAGGACAUGUCUCCACACACCCUCUCUUCCCCAGCAUCACUCUGAAAGCGAGUUGCCCAGGAUUCCACUUUACCCAAGCCCAGACCCUCCUCUAUGCAGAUACUUCUGGUAGACACAACAUAGGGAAAAGAAAUAUAAGGAAUCCCAAAUGGACAGAGAAACACCAGCUCACCUAGAGGCAUGCUGUCCAGGAUGGUGGCUGUUAGGUGCAGGUGGCAAUUUAAACUUCAGCCAAUUAAAAAUUUAAAAAGUAAAAAUUCAGUGCCUCAGUUAUACAGGCCACAUUUUAAGUGUUUCAUAAUAAUACUUUCAUAAUAAUAUGAAAAGUGGCCAGUGGCUACCUCUUUGGACAGCACAAAUAUAGCCCAUUCCAUAGUUACAGAAAGUUCUCUUGGACGAUGCUGGUAGAUCAGUGGCUCUCAAAACUUUUUGGUCCUGGAACCCUUGGGUACUCUUAAAAAUUAUUUAGGACACCAAAUUCUAACAUUCAUCAUACUAGAAAUUAAAACUGACAGUAUUUAAAAAUACCUAUUAAUUCAUUUAAAGAUAAACUCAUUAUAUGUUAACAUAAGUAACAUGUCUUUCUAUUAAAAAUAACUAUAUUUUUCCAAACAAAAACUGACUUAGUAAGGCAGGAGAGUGGCGUCAUUUUAGUUUCUGCAAAUCUCCCGAAUGUCUGGUAGCAAGAAGGCAGGAUUCCCGUCUGCUUUUGUGUUCAGCUUGUGAUGUCUAAGCCAUCAGGCGGCCUCUGGAGGACUUUGCAUUAAAACAUAGGAGGGAAAAGGACAAAUGAUGUCAUAGUAUUAUUAUGAAAGCAUUUGACUUUUUGAGCCCCCAAAAGGGUCUUGGGGGUCUCCAGGGGCCCAGACCACUGAUCUGGAGUUUUCCUCUCCAUCUACAGCUGGAACCCUCCAUCCAUGGUAGUUGUCAUAGACACACUGUCCCCGUUUUAGCUGAACCUGGAGACUUGGCAGGACAGGGAAGUGGGGGUGAGGUGGGGGUAGCGAGCAGUGGUCUGGGAGACCCUUUCCAUGUUAUCAUUGUCAACGUGACACCUGGCACAGCCAAGCAUAUGAAAGGUGCUCGGGGCACAUUGGCCGAAUGAGGCUGGUGAGCUUUGUCUUAUCUUGGUCUCUACCUCCUCCUCUUCUGAGCUUGGAGGGGCCUGGCUGGGGGGCCUCAGGGAAGUGCCGGACCCUUUGCAUCAGCAGUUGGAGAGGCAUGUUCACAACCAUGGGCUGUCUGCCCUGGCCUUUACUCUUGGUGGCUCUGAACAUCGGAAUACAGGUUGGAAUGCGAAUGGGAGGCUCCUAGCUAGUUUCUCCCAGCUCAAGUUUGUAGUGAGAUCGGACUCUACCCUGAGUGGUCUGCCAGCCCUUGGGAGUACAGGGUGGUAAGAUGGAGCCCCAGGUGAGGGGGACAAGGUGUUAAUGGUGAUGAGUGUCAGGGUGCCUCUGAGGAGGGGCCCAGAAGAGAUGCACUGAGGCUCAUCUGUAGGUUGAGGGAGCAUAUAUCCAGGUGACUGGGAGGGGGAGUUGUUUCCUUAAAUAUAAGAGCUUUUCAUUAAUAUGGUAUGUACUUAUAAAAGUUUCAGAAAAUGCUAGCAAGGUAGAAAAUCUUGUAGUCUCUCUGCCUCAGAUAACUGCCCUUAACCUUGUAGGGUUUAUUCUGUUUUCCCCACUAAGUAGACGGACUUUUACUUUGGUGUUUUCUUCUGUUGCCAUACAUGCUUUUACAUCCAAUUUUUUAAAACUUUUCAAUUAUUUUUCCUUAUGAUUUCAAGCCCUUUGUAGACAAUAUUUUAGAAGUCUACCUUGAAUGUACAUACCACAAUUUCACAAUUUUUUAAAUUCAGGAGAGAUACGUAGAUAGAUCUAGAUAUAUCUGUGAUGAGAUUCUCUCGACAAAGUUUUCCCCUUAGACCACAUUAGGAAGUUAUGUGAAACUUGCCUCCUGCCGGCUGCACCAGUCAGGCACCUGUUCUGCCUGCUGUCAUUGGAUGGGACAUUCCCUGCAGUUGGCCACUGUCCCUGGGGGAAAUCUGGGCAUCCAGGGACCCACUGCCUGGGUGCUGCCAAAAUGCUGAUUUGUCUGGAAGAUUUGGACUGGUCAACUCCAGGUGGCUGGCAGGCAGAGAGGGAGAAGCAGGUUGUCAGGAGGAUGCUGCAGACGCAUAGCUGUGCGGACCAAGUGGCGCCAAGACCUCAUCCUGCCUGAUGCUGUCAACUGGUGGGAGUUGGUUGGGGUAUCGCUGUGCUUUACAUGCCUAUGGCGCUCUGGAGACCAGGUGUGAAAUAUUCAGGAACUCAGCAAGUUGUUAAAACCAGUGGCAGUGCGAGCCUGGCCAAGGUGGGAAUGUUGACACUAUGGAAAUGGGCAAAGGCUACAGAUCAGAGCUUUGCAUUUUGGGAGAGCUAGUUUACCAGCAUGCUACUGUGUGUGCUCCUGGGACCCAUGGCUGCCUUCCAUCCCCCUCUUUAUCAACGGAACAGGUAGUAGAUGCACAAUAGGGAGGAUGUGCACAUUUACGGCCAUGGUCUCGUGGGUUUCUCCCCACAAUACCUGGCAAGACAAGAUUACUGCUUCCAUUUUGCAUGGGGGAAGCUGAGGCUGCUCAGAGACUGAGUGAGUUGUCCAAGGCUGUCCAGCGGUAAAGGGCAGGGCCUGGAGUCCAGGUCAUGGUCCUUGGGUGUCACGUCCUUCCUCUUUCUUCGAACUGAGCUCUGGGUCCACAGGUGAAGCAUCUCCUUAGCAUGGGCCCCUGCUGCUCCUACCCUAGCCGCCCCAUCUCUGACCUGCUGAAAUCUGAGCUGUCAGUUUUGCCUGUGCCUGGGGACGUGCGAGGAUGAGAACACCGGUGUCCUCUGCUUCUGCCUUUGGGUAGGCCUCCCCAGGGGACUAGCGAGGGCUGGGAUGCUCCCCAGUGGGUGAGGACACUUGAGCCCAAAGCCUCCCUCAGCGCCUGGCACCCUUGAGCCCUGAGCUCUGGGGAGGCCCUUCGUUGCUGUGCCUGGUCAGGGAGGCCCCAGGUUGUCUCCUAUGGUGCUCACAGCCGUGCAGCCAGCUUUCCCCACUAUAGCCACAAGAGAAAGGCCAUAUUUUUUUAAAGGAUUAUGGAUCCAUACAUAGAGAAGAAGCAGUUUUUAUUGACCUGGCGUUUUGGGGUGAGGAUCUGGGAUGUGCUGGGCCAGGCACGGCCACGACAGAUCAUCAUGCUCUAUGUGGACUCUCCCUGCACACAUAACCUCAACUUGUAAUGUCCUGACAACCUUCUCUUUGAAAACCUGUCUUUGUGAUGAGAUCAAACAGACUUUUGCUCUCAAAAUGUAGGAGGGCUAGGAGGGAAGGUGCCCACAUGCCAGCUGUGGCUGGCAGUCCCUUUCUAGGGGUUACCCGGGUGCCCUGGCAUCUGCCCUUCCCAGGGUGUGGGGCCGGGCUGCGGGUUGCAUGGGUCAGCUGCUCUCCUCUGUUUAGUCCCAGAUGUGUCUCCCACUGUGAUUAAUACCCCCUAUAAGAAAUACACUUUACACUGUGAUCCCACUGUGUGCGUCCAUCCCUGAUGUGUGGCCUAUUGUGUGGUACGAUGCUGCCUGCCCUGCCCGUCCACCCUGCCCCAUCUCAUCUCACCCUGUGUCAUUUUCUCAGGUUGCCAGUUGCAACCCGUGGAAUUGAUUUCAUGGCCCACAAGUGGGUCUGAACCUCAGCUCUUAGUGGUACUCUUCUGGGAAGCCCUGGUCAUCAGUACUAGGGGCUUGCCAUCUAUCUGCCGUGAUUGGCAGGGGUCAGCAUGGUGCCAUACCUGGGGAGCCUGGGUGCCUCAAGGCCACAUGGGGACAGCUAAGGAGAAGGAAAUUAGGAGAUUCUGAAGAUGUGGUUCCUCAGAACCCAGACCCCACUGAGAGGAAUACAAGGCCAGAUUUGUGGGUGUCAUGUCUAGUGAUGGCUCCACGUUCUGGGCAUUACCCUGGGGCUGGCAGGUCAUAGGGGCCUCGGGUGGGUGUCAUGCGUGAAUGUGGUCAGCAUUAGUUCAGGCAGGGUUGGGAGGGCAGGAGGGAAAGAGUGAAUCCGUUUGAAAAAUGAGCAGACCCAGUUUUGGAAGAGCUGCUUUGCCUCUGUAAGCGAUUUCAAAUUUGAGACUCUGUCUCUGCUAUGUGAAUCUCCUGCCAGUCCUGUUUACAUGGCCAGGUUCGCUAGGCAUCUGUCCCCUUCUGUGUCUUGCUGCUUGUUACGGCCUUUCUUGCAGGAAACAGGAGCUCUGGUUAUCUUUCAUGCCACUUUUAUAGACCUAUCACGUCUCCAGUGUUUUUAGAGUGGCAUUUGUGGCUUGACUUUAAAAAAAAAAUGUCCUGCUGGUGCUGGACCCUUUGUGUGUUUGUGAAAUGGCUAUUUUGUAUUAACACAGUAUUCGGUAAACAUUUGUAUUAAGAAGAAUAAUCCUGCCAGUGAAUGUAAUUGUUUCUAGUGGAGUAGAAACAACAUAAAAAAAUAAAUAAAAAUUCAAGAUGCCUCUUCUUACCCAAAGUGUCUUUUUAAAAAUAAAUUU